AGGAAACAUUCCGAAUCUCAAGACAAAUCUAACUCUUUAUUCCAAUAAAACUCGACGCCGAAAAAAUGUAGGAAUACACACACCUUUGCAAUUGAACUGAAAACAGAUCUAGACUUGAAAAGGACAGCACAGUAAUUUUAUCUAAUAUUCCCUUUAUUCUUUAUAUACCCAAAUGAUAAUUCCCUUUUUUGAUGUCAUUCUUGAGUUUUAUCUUUUUCACUCCGCCAUGGAUGAUGACUCUAGCUCGUCAAGUCAGUCUUGUGAAAGAAAUGAAACAGUGAGAUCAAGGUGGAAUCCGAAGCCGGAACAAAUCGUAAUACUUGAAUCCAUUUUUAAUAGUGGGAUGGUAAAUCCUCGAAAAGACGAGACAGUUAGAAUCAGGAAAAUGUUGGAGCAAUUUGGGGCGGUUGGAGAUGCAAAUGUGUUUUACUGGUUUCAGAAUCGGCGGUCAAGGUCUCGCCGUCGUCAAAGACAAAUUCAGGCGAGUCUUAGUGCUGUUAGUAACAGUAAUGAAGAACAAUCUGCAAGGUCUAGUGAUGGCGGUGCAAUUCAAUUUCAGACUAAUUUUGUCCCCUCCUCUGUUUCUUCUUCUUCUUCUUCGCUUGGAGGUGUUGUGGGAAAUGCAAAUGAUGGCCUCUUCCUCUUUUCGGGUCCAAUGGGAAUUGAUCAAAACUCUUCAAUCACCUCAAUUUUGUGCUCACCGACAGACAAUUCUAACUUGAAUUGCUCUUCCUCAGGGUUUAUCACAGUUUUUAUUAAUGGAGUAGCAGCACAGGUGCCCAGAGGGCCACUUGACAUGAAGGCUAUGUUUGGCCCCGAAGACUUAGUCUUGUAUCAUUCCUCUGGGGUGCCACUCCCAGUUAAUGAAUAUGGUUUUGUUGUUCAGAGUUUGCAGCAUGGUGAAAGCUACUUCCUGUUGAGACAUGAAGCAUAACAAUGUUAUCCCUAAUGGGCACUUCAAGAAGCAGACUGAUAUCCGUGUGAAGACCUGGUUCAAUCAAACAGCGCACAAGCAGAUGAGAAGAAUUGCAAGGCAAGAGAUGGCUGUGAAGAUCCCCCAACAACUGUUGGAGCUCUCCACCCUGUUAUCCAUGGUCAGACACUCAAAUACAACAUGAAAGUUAGGUCUGGUAGAGGAUUUUUCUCGAGGAACUUCAGGCUGCAGGCAUAUCCCUAAGAAACUGGCAUCAACAAUUGGUAUUGUUGUUGAUCAUUGUUGCAGGAAUCGUUCACCUGAGGAGCUUCAAGCUGAUGUCUUGAGGACCUACAGGGCCUAGUUUAUUAGUUGUCUUAAUCAAAGGUUGGUGAGUGUGCCCCCGAGGAAUUGGCUACAGCAACACAAGUUGAUGCCUACAUGCCUGUUGUGCGUGACAAGCCAUCUGUAGAUCUUGUUAAGGUUACUGAAGAUAUGAAGUCAUUCAAUGCCUAUACGAGUGGAACAGACGAAUGCGCUCUAAGAGCGAUUCCCUCAAAUUGCAAAUCCUUUUUGUUGUUCUAAUAAUAACAUGCUCUAGUCUUUAAAGAACAGAGCACAGAAGCGCCCACAGCUGAUUUGGAUGUUUUCAAUCAGAAAAUAUUGACAGAAGAGCUUGUAUACAAGUAGAGGCGGUGUCAAAUAUUCAGAUAAGAGAAUUGAAAAAGAACAUAUAUAUGCUAAUGAGAUUUAGCAUAUUUAUAUUUGAAUUGUUUUAGUUUAUCCCGCAACAACAAUAAUCUCAAUGAUCAACUAAGGACAUGUAAAAUCUCUCUUAUUAAUAUUGUUGUUAUCGUUAAA